AUGUUUGGAAUUAUUAUCGUUGCGGUUCUGCUCGGGCGAGCAGCAGCGACUGUCGACUUGCUGGCGACGAGUUACUUCGUUGAUGAGAACUGCAUGAACACGCCUCAAAUCGUGACCAUGGACUUCACCGUGACUGCCGUGUCGAGCUGCGUAUCUGACGCCAGCUGCACGCCAGAAGUCUACGGUGGGAACACGUACUACAGCAAAAGCGAGUGCAUCACCGACCCGUACACGUACUCAGUCGAGAUCUUCAAUGGAAAUGGCGGAGUACUGCAGCCAUUUCUGAUGGUCGAGACGUACACGGGUGAGGAUUGCGAGACGCUGAGCACCAUCAACGCCACGGCCACGGCUAAUGGCUGUCAAUUUGCUUCCGAGAACUCGUCGUCCAGCGCUACGUUGUUCACGAAUGGCUCCGCGUUGUAUCAACUGUACGAUAAUGGAGCGUGUGGCGGCAAUGCCACUCGGUAUUUCGUCGACAGGGCGACACUGUUGAAUCACACGUGUUACGGAGGCAAUACCAAGUUCUACACCAACUACGACGCCAGCACAAGCAGCAACAGCGCAAGUGCAAGUGGAAGUGAAAGUACAAGUACAAGUUCAAGUGGUAGCAACUCGAGUGUUGCUAAUACCGAUGCGAGGCUCACUGCAGGUGCCAUCGUCGGUAUCAUCAUCGGGUCGGUAGCUCUCGUCUUCUUCGUGGCUGCUGUGGUCUUCUGGCGUUCAAGACUUUCCAGUUCAAAAGAUACCGAAGACACGUACGCCGACUAUCGCGCGGCUACAAAUGGUCGGCCCACGAUGUCUAGCGACCCCAACUCACAAGACAUUGCACCACACGGUCUCGGGGGUUUGUGGGACGAUGAAGUCAUUGCCACGGCGCGGAUCCCUCGAGAGAAGGUGGUCGUUCAGCAUUUGCUCAGUCGAGGAGCUUAUGGAGAAGUCUACGCUGGACUGUACAAUGGUCAACUCGUAGCGAUCAAAAUGUUACUGCAAGAAAACCGAAGAAGCGUCCGGCAUCUCAACGAGUUCCUAGCCGAGGUGAAGAGAACCGCACUGCUGGAUCAUCCACGGAUUGUGCGACUUGUUGGUGUGGCCUGGGACUCCUUGACAGAUCUUUGUGGUGUCUUGGAGUACAUGGAGGGCGGUGACCUAAGAGCUUUGCUCGAUAAACUCAAUGUUCAAGGGCACCACAAGGGCUUCGACCAGGAGAAGGUGAGGAUCGCCCUUCACGUCGCCCACGCGCUCACCUACUUGCAUUCGUUGGACUUGCCCGUGAUCCACCGCGACUUGAAGUCCAAGAACAUUUUGCUAAGUGAAGAUUUGGAUGCAAAACUCACGGACUUUGGCGUCUCGCGCGAGCGGAUCAACGAGACAAUGACCGCAGGUGUGGGGACGUCGUUGUGGAUGGCUCCAGAAGUUAUGAUGGGGGAGAAAUACGAUGCCAAAGCCGACAUAUUCUCGUUCGGGGUGGUGUUAUCCGAGUUGGACACGCAUUGCCUACCAUACGACAACGCAAGGAAGAAGACGAAUAAAUCCGACGCGGCGAUUCUGCAAUUGGUAGCGGCUGGAAAAAUCCACGUUGAGUUCUCGCCUUGGGCGCUUCAGUCGAUGGUGAAUCUAGGACUUGCUUGCGUAUCGGUAGACAGCAAACUCCGCCCCACAGCAGCCGAGGCGCUGUACAAACUCCACACAAUCCUAUCUCAAGAAGUCUAA